AUGGCCUUUCCUUGGCGCCUUUUCCUCGCAGGUGAAGUAGCCACCGCCAAGUCCCAGCGCUCAACGGCGGAGGAGGACACCCGCAGCCAGGCGGGAGCUGGCCAAUUCCCGGGAGCCCCCGCCUUUGUGCUGCGCGCACAGGCGGUGGCCGAGCUGGCCAAGCGCCGUGAGGAGAUCGAGUGGGCCAUCGAGGGCCCCUUUGAGGAUUAUCUGCGAAGGAUGUCACGAUCCGGAGAGUGGGGAGGGGAGCCCGAGCUUUUGAUGCUCUCCCACUACUUGGAACGGCCCAUCGAGGUCUACAUGGUGAACCCUCGACUGGUCCGAAUCCAAAACUAUGGCGAGGACUUGAAGAGCGCGCCGAUCCGGAUCCUUUUCCACGGCUACGGGCACUACUCCGCGCUUGUGCGCCUCAAGGAGGAGGAGGACGCCUGA